GGAUUUGUGCGUCCCUUGGUACCCAAGAAAAAGAGAGCCGCGCUAUAAGAAUCGAUCGAAAGCGAUAAAGAGUCAGAAAAAAAAAAAGGAAAAGAGGAGAAAACCCUAGAAAGAGAAAACCCUAGAGACCGAAGAGGUAUCGAAAGAAAAGAGAUCGAAGGGAGCUCGGAGAGAGAGAGAUCAAAUGGUGGAAGCCGAUCAAAGAAGAGGAUUCGAGAUGUACGAGCAGGAAAGAUCACGGGUUUAUUUGGAUGGACAAGAAAGUAAACAAGGUUUCUUGCAUGUGGAAAAUACAGUCAAGAACAUCGACAGCAGUCAGGAUGGGAGUUGUUGGUCGCAUCGGGUCAGUAGGAAAAAAAGACCACGAAGAACACGAGAAGGCCCAAAUUCUGUUUUGGAAACUAUUAAGAAGUGGAAGCAGCAAAAUUGCCAAGAGGCAUACAGACGAAUUAAAAAAGCACCAGCAAAGGGCUCAAAGAAAGGCUGCAUGCGAGGAAAAGGAGGUCCAGAUAAUUCAUCAUGUUUGUACCGUGGAGUAAGGCAACGAACAUGGGGCAAGUGGGUUGCAGAGAUCCGAGAACCUAACAGAGGUAGCCGACUCUGGCUUGGAACUUUCCCAACUGCUGAGUUGGCAGCUCGGGCUUACGAUGAAGCUGCUAGGGCUAUGUAUGGUUCCCUUGCCCGAGUUAAUUUUGAAGGAAAUGCAAAAGAGGAUUCUUGUGAAUCUACAACUACGUCCCAGCAUGAAUCAGCUGCUAAAGAACAAAAUACGGAGGUUUCAAGUCCUGAUAAAGCUAAUCUGAGAGCGCCGAAGGUGGAGUCAGUUGAUGAAUUCAAGAGUCAAUCGCCUGUUGUCGCGGUAGCAGAAGAUAAGGUGAAGGAAGAAGGAAGUGAGGAUGUGUUCGGUCUCUUGGAGCCAAUAGAGAAUCUGUUGCCUGGUGACAACAAUAUCAACUUCGAUUGUUUCAAUAUUGAUGAGAUACUGGGGAUGAUCGAUGCGGAGCCAAUGAGAGACGGAAUUGGUCUCACUACCAGUGAACUCGGCCAAGAGGGUAUAGAUGGUAAUAUCCAGUACAUUGAUCCUUCGGCUUUUGCUUUUCCAAUGGAGUUCCCAUCCGACGCUGCUGCAUGGGAUUUCUCCGCCCAGUUGGAGAGGGAGUUGGAGGCGGCGCUUGUGCAGGAGCAAGAUCAGGGAUUUGCAGAUGGCUAGAUUUAGUUGCCUUUGUUAGGAGAUUACUAACAGUUCUUUGAACCGGCCGCUGGGGCUGGUGCUUAUUACAUUUUUGAAUGUUCGAAACAGAAACUCUUUUUACACUGAUGGGAGCUUUGUUUUUUCAUUCUUUUUUCUCCGUCUGUAAAAUAUUGUUGAACAGAGCGGUGUGUGCAUAGUUAGAAGUGUACAGUCACACAGGUAAAAAGAACACAAACAAAUACUGUAAUUUUGAUACGAACCUGAGUAGUUGUCUGCGCCUAGAUUGUUUCUGUGUUAUAGUUUAAAAAGAGCGCCUGUGAAUAAUAAAUACUAAUUUUUGGUGCGAA